AUGGCAGCCAUUUUGUCUGUCCCCAUAUGGACAGAGGAGACAGAAGAGCUGCGCUUAGAACUGGAGGGGAUCAAGGUCCGGGGGAAAAACUGCCCGAAACCCAUCCGUGAGUGGGCAGAGGUCGGCGUUAGCAAACGGGUCCUUGAGUGUUUGAAGAGGAACCAUUUUGACAAGCCAACACCGAUCCAGUCCCAGGCUAUCCCAGCCAUCAUGUCAGGACGGGACCUUAUCGGAAUCGCGAAAACAGGAAGUGGGAAAACCAUCGCGUUUCUUCUGCCGCUGUUCAGACACAUUCUCGACCAGCCUGAACUGGAUGAGGAAGAUGGGCCGAUAGGUGUGGUGUUGACGCCAACACGUGAGCUCGCCAUGCAGAUAACAACAGACGCUAGAAAGUUUACGAAGGCGCUUGGUCUGAGUGUUGUCUGUGUGUACGGUGGUACAGGAAUCUCCGAGCAGAUUGCAGAGUUGAAGCGGGGAUGUGAAAUCAUUGUCUGCACCCCGGGCCGUAUGAUUGACAUGCUUGCAGCAAAUAAUGGGCGUGUUACGAACUUGCGGCGGUGUACGUAUGUUAUAUUGGAUGAGGCUGAUAGAAUGUUUGACAUGGGAUUUGAGCCUCAGGUUAAUCGUAUAAUUGACAAUAUCAGACCUGACAGACAGACAGUGAUGUUUUCGGCAACAUUCCCGCGACAAAUGGAGGGGCUGGCACGAAUCCUCAACAAACCAAUUGAGGUGCAAGUCGGGGGUCGCAGUGUUGUUUGCACGGAUGUCGAACAACAUGUGGUUGUCCUUGAAGAAGAACAGAAGUUUUUCAAGCUGCUGGAGCUUCUGGGCCAGUACCAGGAGAAGGGCGGGGUGAUCGUAUUUGUUGACAAGCAAGAAAACGCGGAUGAUGUGAUGAAAGACCUCAUGAAGCAUUCGUACCCCUGCAUGUCCCUACACGGGGGUAUUGACCAGUAUGACCGCGGGAGUAUCAUACAGGACUUUAAGAAUGGGGAUAAUAGACUGCUGGUGGCAACCUCUAUAGCGGCGCGAGGGCUUGAUGUUAAACACUUGAUCCUCGUGGUGAAUUAUGAUUGUCCAAACCACUAUGAAGACUAUGUUCACAGAUGUGGGCGUACAGGUCGAGCAGGUAAUAAGGGCACUGCUUACACGUUCAUUACACCUGAACAAGUCCGUUAUGCUGGAGACAUCAUUAAGGCCCUAGAGUUGUCAGAGUCCACUGUGCCAGAAAACCUACAGAAAUGGUGGGACGAGUAUAAAAAACAGGCAGAGUCGGAGGGUAUAAAGAUAAAGAGCAGCAGUGGUUUCCAUGGUAAAGGUUUCAAGUUUGACGAAUCAGAAGCCCAGCUCUCCAGUGAGAGGAAGAAACUACAGAAAGCAGCUCUUGGGCUCGUAGAUUCGGACGAUGAUGAUCCAAAUGAGGAUAUUGAACAGCAGAUAGAAGACAUGUUUGCUAGUAAGAAGAGAGUCACAGAUGUUUCCAAGUCUCAGGUCAACGUGCCUUUCCAGCCUAGUGGUAUGGGCUCCAGCACAAACAAGAUGGGCGCAAAUAACCAGAUGAAGCUGGAGAUGGCCAAGCGUCUGGCAGCCAAAAUCAACUUCAGCAAGAAUCUUGGUCAGGAGGCACAGGACAUCACGCAGCAGGCUACCAAGGCUAUGUUUCAGGAUGGACUGGUGGCACCUCAAGUGGCAUCAAAGACAAUCGCAGAGCAGAUGGCUGAGAAGAUCAAUGCGAAACUUGGCUACACUCCACAGGUUGACGAGGACAAGGAAGCAGACCAGGACACAUUCAAGAGAUACGAGGAAGAGCUCGAGAUUAACGACUUCCCACAAACUGCUCGAUGGAAGGUCACAUCCAAGGAGGCGUUGGCUCAGAUAUGUGAGUACUCUGAGGCUGGUAUCACAGUGCGCGGUACAUACUUUCCUGCAGGAAAACAGCCCAAAGAAGAAGAGAGAAAACUCUACCUGGCCAUCGAGGCUACAAAUGAGCUCGCCAUUCAGAAAGCGAAGAAAGAGGUCACACGCCUUAUAAAGGAGGAACUCAUUAGAUUGCAAAACUCCUACCAGCCAAUCAACAGAGCUCGAUACAAAGUUGUCUGAUGUGGACAGUUAUAACUAUGACAAUGCUUGUUACAUUGUGAGCUAUAAGGUAGUAACUGACAUUGAAUACACAUGCAGGUGCAUCAACAUGAACUUUUGUCAAUUAGAAGCAUUGAUGUUCCAGGUACAAGGAUUUCCAUUUAUAAGGGUAUUGAAGUCAUUUUGAACACUUAAAGAAAAGGAGCAAAUUUUUUUUAUUUAUCCUUUGAAAAAAUCAAUUUUACAGAAUAACUCUGCGUUUUCUUAGUUAUGGCUAUCCAGAAUCCAUAAAAGUCAUAUUUUGUAUCAUAUGCAUAGCUAGGCAGACACAGGGUUCAUGAUUUCAAGUUCACACCAUCACAACAUGUUUCUAUCUUGACUGGCAAAAGAAAAGUUGGCUCGGAUACUGGAAACUAGCAAAUAUUUUUUUAUCAAGUUCAGAUAGCAAGAGUUAUGGACCUUGAUUGGAUAAAAAUAGUUCUUGUGAUGAUCACAUUAAACAGUCGUACUGGCAUUGCCAGACAUGUACACAAUUUUAUUACUGUUCUCUUUACAAACAAAAACCUGAUUUUUUUUAUUGGUUUGUUUUCUUGUAGAACUUUUUUCAGUUGUUAUGGGUUAAAUGUACAUGUGUAUAGUGUUCAUAUACAUUUAAAAUUCUAUGCCAUUUCAUCAUGAUAAAAAAAAUGCAUUGGAUUCAAAAAUAAUUGUGUAAUGUUUGAAGAUUUAUUAUGACAUUUUUAUUGUAUAAUGAAAUGUUUGAAAUAUAUACAUAUGUCAACACAA